CUGGUCCAACUAGCAAAUUCACUCAUAAAAAUUUAAUGGUGGUGUUCAAAUCGUUUGCAACGCGCAGCGGAUAAUUUCAAAGCGAAUUUCUUGAAAAAGUAAUUUAUUCUUGAAUUAUAAUACAAUAGAUUACUUACAUUAAAGUAGUUGUAUUGCUAACUGUGCAAACGGUAAUAAACCAAAACAGAAGUGUAAGUGUAAAAUUAAAAAGCAACGCGUUUAUAGCGGCAGAAAAGGUUUGUGAAAAAUUCGAUUGUGAACAAGUAGCGGCCAGCCAAACGCAAAGUUAAAUACUUACAAGUCUUGCGAAGCAAAAUAAUUGAAAGAAAUUAGCAAAACGCAUUUGCAACAAAAUACACUGUAUUUAAAUAGAGUAACGAGUUUACUAAUAAAAUUAGCAAUUUUGCGGUAAAAUUGUUUGUGCAGCACGCCAGCGUUUUGUCUGCUGAUUUUCUCACUCUCGGCGGCUUGUAAAUUCAGGAAGUAACUAAAAACAACAAAUAAGAAUUGAAAGCGUAUAUAUUUUAAGUGUGUUUUGCUGCAAUUUCGCCAGUCGGCCGAGCAAUACAGAAUUUUUAGUGCGCGCACAAUAUUAUUUGGCAAAAAUUUGUUAAAAAUUGCAAGUGCAGUGAAUUUUUACCUAAAAAGGAUAAGUGUAAAGUGUACAAAAUUCGAAAUCUAAACGCCUCUUGACAACUACUAAAAGGAUAUUUGUGUUUGUUUGUGUGUGUGUAAUAAACCUUUGAAUUUAGUUGGAUUCUUAUUGAGAUUUGUGUGCAUUAUUUUUCACGUCUGACGCCGUUUGAGGAAUACACAUAAAGCAAAAUUAAUAAAGCAGUGUAACAGCAGCGAGCAGAAAGCCAAACGAAAGGAGUUGUAAACGCAGCAUAAAAACAAAAGCUCUCGAUUAAGCCAUUUGAAUAGCAAAUUUAUGCGACUUGCAAAGUUCUCUUUGAACGUUUGGACUAUUUUCGAUUUUUGAAGCAUUUCUGUGCGUUCCUCACGCUCGCGCGCUCCAAGCACUCGUAGACGUCUUUCGUUACCGCUGUGUGUGCAUUCUGUGAAUUGACGCGCGCCCAACCGCAACAACUCAAUACAAACAAAAACAACACACCGUUGUAUUUUUCAGCACAUUUUUCUGACUGCAAGCGGAGUCAGUCGACGGUCGUGAUUGUAGUAGGCGACAACAGCAGCAGCAAUCGCACAGAGCGCGUCGUGGGCAAUAAAAGUGUGACUUCAGCAGCAACAACCGCAGCAAGUUCAAAUAACCGAAAUAAAUAAGAGCAAAAGUAAAUUUCUAUAGAAAUCUACGCUUAAGCAUUAACUGAUAACGCUCGCAAGCCGGCUAAAAGUGUAGCAAAACCGUCUGUUCUGCUUGUAUUUGUUAUGGUAUUUUGUUUUUAUUAUUGCACCCCUCCAAGUUCAAUCAACCGCAAGCGCGCAAACGAACGAGCGCGCAGCCAUUCGACUAACCAAUUGACCAUUAAAUAAAUAGAAAAGAGAAAUAAUAACAAUAAAAACACACAACAACACACAAAAGUGUAGUGAAAAGCAACAGCAACAGCAAUAACAAUAACAAUAGCAAAUAAAAAGCGUGCAACAAAUACGUACAAAGUGAUUAAUGUGCAUUUUUAAGUUUUUUUUUUCAAACCGGGAAAAAUUAUCAAGCAAUUUAAAGUUGAAGUAUUCACAUAAAAUUACAGCAAGUACAUUAAAAGUUUAGUAAAAGCUAAUGUGAAGUGCAGAAAAUACAGGAAAAAACAAAAUUAAUACAACAAAGAAGCAAAAAGUAUAGUAAACAACAACAAAAGGUUGUUAAAAGUAAGAAAUCAGCGCAAGUAACUAACUUAAAAAGCGGAUAUCUCAAUAAAAUUACACACACACACACACAAAGCGCCCUCAACCACCGCUAAAGAAAAGCUUAUAGCAGCCAUAUGUGUGUGUGAGUGUUGCAGUGAAAUUCGCUAGUGUGUUUGCAGCGAGCGAAAUUGAGUGAAGAAACGUAAAAAAACAUAGUAAAUCAUAGCAAAAUUACAACCGCAAAUACCGCAGCAAGAAGGUAACCAACAAUAACAACAACUACAAAAACAACAGUAACAACAAAUAUGGAAGACAAUAACACAAGUACGCCAAUGAAAACCGACGAAUCAGUCACAUUAACAAUAAGGCUGAUAAUGCAAGGCAAGGAAGUCGGCAGCAUUAUUGGCAAAAAGGGCGAGAUUGUGAACAGAUUUCGUGAGGAGUCUGGAGCAAAGAUCAACAUCUCGGACGGUUCAUGCCCGGAGCGCAUUGUCACUGUGUCGGGCACGACCAGCGCGAUCUUCUCGGCAUUCACGCUCAUCACAAAGAAGUUUGAAGAGUGGUGCUCACAGUUCAGUGAUGUUGGCAAAGUUGGCAAAACUCAAAUACCAAUACGUUUAAUUGUGCCCGCCAGUCAAUGUGGAUCGUUAAUUGGAAAAAGUGGUUCAAAAAUCAAGGAGAUACGUCAAUCCACUGGCUGUUCGAUUCAGGUUGCCAGCGAAAUGUUGCCAAAUUCAACAGAGCGUGCCGUUACUUUGAGCGGCACUGCCGAGCAAAUAACCCAAUGCAUCUAUCAGAUUUGUCUCGUUAUGCUGGAGUCUCCACCAAGGGGCGCCACCAUACCGUAUCGGCCAAAACCGCAAGUAUCUGGACCAGUCAUUUUGGCAAACGGACAAGCCUAUACCAUACAAGGCAACUAUGCUGUACCCGCACAAGAGACAUGUCCAGUAUUUCCGCUGGCCUUGGCCACCGGUGGCCUACAUGCUGGCAUCUCAGGUUUGACGGAUCCUCUCUUGAAAGGGGCACACUUGCAAGGAGCGGUGCCGGCUGCCCACCAUCAUCUACAACAUAUACCCGAUGUGGCAAAGAAUCCAUUGGCUAGCUUGGCAGCGUUGGGUUUGGCUGGCAUAACACCCACCAAUACCGGUGGACUGAAUCCCACAGCAGCUUUGGCCGCCUUAGCCGGCUCGCAGCUACGUACAGCCAAUACAAGUCGUACACAACAACAACAGCAUGAAAUGACCGUCUCUAAUGACUUGAUUGGCUGCAUUAUCGGCAAGGGUGGCACAAAAAUUGCCGAAAUACGCCAAAUUUCCGGUGCAAUGAUACGUAUUUCGAAUUGUGAGGAACGCGAGGGCGGCAAUACCGAUCGUACAAUCACGAUUAGCGGCAAUCCAGAUUCGGUGGCAUUGGCUCAAUACUUAAUCAACAUGAGCGUUGAACUGCAGAAGGCUAAUCUACAGGAGGCGAACAAUGGCGGCGCCAACGGUCAAGCUAACAAUGCUAGCAACAGCAACAACAACAACACCAAUGUCAGUAAUGGCGCCAGUAAUGGCAAUGCCAAUACGAACAACAGCAGCAGCAACAACAACAGCGGUGGUGGUAAUCACAUAAGCGGCACAACCACCUUGGGUGGCAACAACAGUGCUGGCAGUGGCGGCGGCGGCGGCAGCAAUGGCAGCUUGAAUCAGAGCGGCGGCAGCAAUCACAGCAGCAAUAAUAGUUUAAACAAUUUAAAUACGAAUACGAGCAAUGCGAACAACAGCAAUACCAACAACAAUACACAACACUCAACCACAGCCAUGACACUGACAAACAAUACCAACAGCAGCAAUAGCAACGGCAACAAUACGAGCGGCAACAAUCUAACCUUAAGCACAACUUCCAACAAUCCAACCAAUCCAUUUUCCACUUCAUUGCCAUUUUCGAACACACCAAAUCCAUUUGCCAACUCCACCACAGUCAGUUCGCUAGCAACAGCUAUACCGUUAGCACAAUUGCUGGCCAAACCGGGCGCCUUGAAUGCGCUCUCCAGCUUAACGGCGCUCGGCGGCCUCACCGAUCUGUUGGGCGGCUUGGCCACACUCAAUGGUCCACCCAUACAGACGACCGGUGUGCAUCGCACCAAAAGUUUCGCAUCGACACGUUUUCGCAGUCAUAAUCAUGCCGAUGGCGGUGCUGAUAGCGAAAAGACACGCAAUAAAUUCAACCCAUAUUAGAGUAGUUGAGUAUGUAUGAAAAGUAGGCAUGAAAGUUUCGUAGUAGUAGUAUGUGGAAGCUUUUUGAGAUUGAAGUGAAAGCAUGUAAGCUUUUGGACUAUAAAACGAGUGAAAGUUUUUGAAUUUUGUAGAUGUGAUUAAAAGCUUUUUGAUGAAAGCCUUCAAAUAAUAUACAAGUGAAAGCUUACAAAUCAUAUGUAUAGUAAGUGACAUUUUUGAGAUCAUGUGGGCAUGAAAGCUUUCAAAUCAUAUGUAAGUGAAAGCGUAAAAGUCAUGUGUAAAUGAAAGCUUAGAAAUCAUGUGCAAAUAAAAGUUUUAAAAUCAUGUGCAAAUGAAAACUUUUGUAUUUUCUAAAAAGCUGAGAGCUUUCAAAUCAUGUGUAAAUUAUAUAAUUUCUUGUAUAAGUGGAAGCUUUAAAAUUAUGUAAAAGUGAAAGCUUUAAAAUUAUGUUUAAAUGGAAGAUUUCAAAUAAUGUACAAGUGGAAGCUUUCGAAAUAUGUAAAAAUGAAAGCUUGCAAGUAAUAUACAAGUGAAAGCUUUCAACUCAUGUAUAGAUGAAACUUUUCAGAUGAAAACGUUUAAAUAAUAAAAAAAUUUAUCUUUUCAAGUACAAUUAGUUAGUUUGCAAGCUUACGAUAUAAAGGAAGAGUAACGUAGGGUUCUCAACAAAUAUAAAAGCUGAGAAAAAUUUGGCCUAAAGCUUCGAAAGUAAGCUUGCAGCACAUGAACCCAAGGAACAGUAUGUUCGCAGACAAAUUUCGGGUAUGAAACGAGUCAACUUUUUUCAUUGUUUGGUAGAGUUGGCGUAAAAGUAGUAUUAGUAGUUGUACGAAUUGCAUUCGUGUGCAACGAAAUUGUUUGACUAAAUUUUUGCACGCCCGCACACGCUUGCAUUUUAUCCUUAUUUUUUUUACUUGUUUUGGGUAACAGCAAACUUUAAGCAUUAUACAUACAAAUGUACGUACUAAAUGAGGAUAUUUACGUAAAUUUACAAAUUGUGUGAUAAAAAACCCGAACAUCCACAAUCAAGCACAUAUAGAUUGGAAUUAAAUAAUAACAUUAAACUCAAUCGAAUUAAAUUUAAAUUAAAAAAUGCAAACCCUUGCAUUAACAUUAAGCAAAUUAGUUUAGUUAUUAUAUUUUUGCCAGCUUGUAAUUAUGGCUUUAACAUUUUCAUAAAACGCGUCUUAGUUUAACAACAUCAUGUUCUCAUAAUCAUGCCACAUGCCUUCUAUUGCCCCCAAUUUUAUUUCAAUAAAAUUGCGCGCUUUUGAAAAACUGAUUUAAAAAAAAUUAAUUUUGUUGUUUCUUCAUAUACAAUUUUGCAAUAAUUCUAAAAUUAAUUAAUUUCGAAAUUGUAAAUUAAGAAUUAAAUAAUUUCGAAAUUGAAAACUUUAAGAAAUAAAUAAUUUGGAAAUUGAUAAUUUAAAAAUAAAAAUUUAAAUUUAAAUUAGUUUCAAAAUUCAAAAAUUAAAUAAUUCGAAAUUUAAAAUUUACAAAUAAAGUAAUUUCGCAAUGGAAAAUUCAUAAAUUAAAUAAUUGUGAAAUUGACAAUUUAAAAAUGAAAUAAUUUCAAAAUUGAAAUUUGAAAACUUUGUUUAUUUCGAACUUAAAAAUUACAAAAUUAAAUGAUUUCGAAAUUGAAAUUUUAAAAAUUAAUUAAUUACGAAUUUAAAAAUUCAAAAUAAUAUAUUUUCGAAAAUUCCGAAAUUGAAAAUUUAAAUAGGCAGCCGACCUUAGCCUAUUCCAACUGAAAUACAUAUGUAAUAUAUUCAACAUAACCACACUUUUUAGGUGCGCAACAAAAUUAUCUAGCGUUAAAUCAAUAAUUAUUGCAUAUAUUCAUACAUAUGUAUAUACAUUUACACACGUAAUCGCAUACUCAUAAGUUUUGAUAAUUUUUUAAGUUAAAAAAUUAGUUACUAAGUGCAAGGAAGAUAUGUUAUCAUUUUAGUUUCUAAGCAAAAAAACUAGUUUAUUAGCGCUAAAUGUUAGAUUAAAGUCAAAAAUGUGCGCAAAAUAAAAAAAAAAUGUUUUAAUUGCAAUUUGGAAAUAUGCUUUUAAAAAAUAUUUAAUUUUGAAAAAUUGGUAUAUAGGCUUGUUCAGCUUGUUUUUUUUUAUUGAUUUUUGGCAAAAAUUGCUUAUUAUGUUUUAUAAAUAUUAUUGAGCGAUCGUAGUAGAACUAUUUUAUUGGUAUCAUGACAGUUAGCACAUUAAAAAUUAGCAUAUACCCAUUUUUAUUAUUCACUUAUAUAUAUAAAAAAAUAGUUGCAUUAGUUAUAGUCGUAGAUAAAAACAGGUUUCGAGAACCCGAAAUAACUAAGGCAUUAAUUUAUAAAAAAAAAUUUAAUAAGAAGUUAAAAUCACUCAGCGUACAUACAGACACAUGCAAGUCGUAUACGAAUUAAAUACAGCUGUUAGAGUUUACCUAAUGUCGAAUAUGUAUGUAUUUUUUAAUUGGAAAAGACCAUUAUGAAAGAUUGUGAUGAAAAGAAAACUAACUCAAAUUCUAUAACGAACGAAAGUAAGUAAAAAGAAAAAAUUAUAAGGGCAAUGAGAGUUGAGAGCUCAUAAUAUAAAAUAAUGCGAAAUUGAAAUACAAAUAAAUUAUAAUAUAGUAAUAAAAAAUAAUUGUUUAGAAAAAUAAAUAUUUUUUGCGAAACAAAAUUAGAGAAAUCUAUUUUCUUUUGUUCAACUUUUGAAAAACAAAAACCCAUUUACAAGUUAAUAACUCAAAAUGGAGUACAAAAAUUGAUAGGUGGAACUCAUACUCGUAGUGGGUUAAGAAUACCCUUGAAUAUACUCCACCCACGCCGUCGACUUAACCAAGAUUUUAAAGCUGAAUUUAAAGCUGUUUUGAUUGAAUUACAAUUAAGUUAAAAAUUAGUUGUUAUAACUUUUUAAAAGGUCUCAACAGAAUAAAGAAAAGAAGUUUAGUUUCAAAACACUUUCUAUCACAAAAAGUAUAUGAGCUUUUUCUAAAUUUUAGAGAAUACUUUAAUUUUGGUUGGCCUUUAUAUUUUUACUCAGCACAAGAGAACGAGUACUGAAUACAGAGAGUUCGUAUAGAUGAAUACAGCGCUGAAUUUUAGAAGGACCAAAAAAAUAAUGUAGAGAACUCUCUAUACUUGGUGUUUUCGGAAUUUUGAUUUCAUAUCAUUAUUUAGCACUAGAGAACGAUAGCUCAAUACAGAUCGUUUCUAUCAGAAAACAAUAAAAAAAUACAUGAGUUUGUUCACAAACUAAAUUUACCUUAAGAAUUAUUUAGAAAAUGCUCUAACUUGCUUCUUACAGAAGUUUGUUAUCAUAUAUUUAUUCAGCAAAAAACAACGAUAGCUGCAUACAGCGUUGAAUUUUUUAAGCACCAUAACUUUAUUUUAAAGAACCCUAUACUUGAUUUUUCGAAAUUUCGCUUUCAUACUUUUAUUCAGCACAAAACAACGUUAGCUGAAUACUAGUGAUUAUAUGGCCAAAUAAGCUAAUUUUCGCAAAUUCAAUAAGUUAAAACUCGACGGCAAAUAAGAAUACAAAAAAAGCUACUUUGCGCUCAUUGCUCUCAAAAAAUUGACUGAUGAGGAAGCUUCUCAAACUAGCAUUACAUUUAAUUAUUGGCGUGAAUAAAUGUAUAAAUAUUUCAAAAAUCUUCAAACAACCGAAAACAGGUAUUAGUUAGAUGUAGUUUGGAAUAUUGCUGUUCAUACGAGUAUAUGCAAUAGGCAAGGACCUUCAAAGGAAACCCCCUUUGAAAUAUGUAUGUAGUUUUAGAAUAACGCUCACUAGUUUUAUAUGGAUUGGUGUUAUUAAUAGAUCUAAGCAUCCAUACAGUUAAUUUGUUACAACUAAUUCAAAAGCUUUAAAUGCAUGUAAAUUCAGCACCCCUCACUUUUAAAAAUAUAAAUUGCAUUAUAUGUUGUAUGCUAUGUUGAAUUUUAUUUAUGGCAAAAGUUUUUCAUAGAAUGAUAGUGCGCUAAUAUUUUUGCGAGAAAGCAACAAUAGACAGUAUUUAGACCGAAGUAGAGGAAGGAAUGAAAGUAAUCAUAUAUUACACCGCUAUUAACUCAAAUAAGAACACAAAGUAUGACAAUUCAGUGAGAGAGCUUUUGAGUAAUAGUAAUGUGUAGAAAAAAGCAAUUCUUCAUUAUUUAAAUUUUGUUUUACCAAAAUCUUUGAUUAUGGAAAUUGCAUGUUAAGUUUUAAGUGUUUUAAGUUAAGUGUUUUUUUUUUUCAAAAUUUGUACUGUAUAAAAAGAGUAUUAUCCAUACAUAUGUGAAGAAAGUUUAUUUUUGAGUUCCAAAUUUUAAAAAUUUAGUCGUAAAUUAGGUGUAUAUCAAUCGAUGUUUCAAAAAUUAUAUUGGUCUUUAGUAAACAAAAAUUAUUCAAAAAUUUAAGUACAUUUUUAGAAAGACUCUAUAAUUAAUUUGGAAAUAUUUUUGAAUUGAAGACAGCUUUUUUAUGUGUAAACCCAACUUUCCAUAAUUUUCUUGUAAGAAAAUUCUAAGUUAAUAUUAUGAAAAUGUGUUUUUGAAAUAUUAAAAAAAUAUAUAUAAAGCAUCUGAAUUUGAAAUAAGAAACCAAAAUCUUUGUUUUUUAAUCAUAAUAAAAAAAUUAAUAAAUAUUUAAUAACUUUCUAUAUACACCUCACUUUGUAAUGGCAACCCUAGCGCAUACGAUUGAUUCCAAAGUGUUCCCAAUUUAUGAAAAUCACAUAUGAAAUGCAUUACAAUUUACUAAAACUAAACCUCGACAUUCAUAUUUAAGAAAAAUGUAGUGAAAAAUCAAUAUCCAAUGCGAAAGAUAUACAACAAUCUAACUAUGUAUUUACUACAAGUAUUUAUGAACAAAUUUAUAUGUACGAGUAUUCACAAAAGAAAUAUAUAUACACACUUAUACUAUUCCCUUUUCCUACCAUUUAUACUAAAUACCUUAUGCGAUGUACUAUAAUUAUAUACAAUAAGACACAAAAAUUUGCAAAAGAUUAAGCGGAAAAAUUAAGAAACUGAAAAAAUAAUUGCCAUUGGAAAAUAAACAAAGACUAAAGAAAAUAAUUAAAAUUGAAAAAAAAAUAUUAACAUUGAAAAAAAUAAUAAAAAUGAACUUUGAAGAAAAAUAUAAUAUAAGAAAAAAUUAAAAUACGAAAACCGUGCAAAUUGCAAAAAAACAUUGAAAACUUCUUAAAGAAGUUGGCGGAAUUCCGAUUUUAAAUAAUUUGUAAUAACAAAUUCGCUCAGUAAAAAUAGUUUAUAAAAAUUAAAAUGAAAGCAAUGCAAAAAUUGCUAAGAAAAUUAAUUAGCAUUAAAGAAAAAAUAAAAAAGAAUAAAUAACUUGAUGAAGAAUUUAUGCGCCUCGAAGUAUUGUAUUGUAAAUUUUAAAUUUAAUUUUUUUUAAUUGCUAAAAAAAAGUUUUUCGCGCAUAAAAAUUAUACUCAUAAAAAUAAUACAAAAUAUUAACGUAGUUAAUUGAUAAAACGACUUUAAGUCGAAAUUUUUUGCAGAUAAAUUUCAAUUUUUGUAAGUUGAAAGUCAUGUUUAACAAUUAAUUGACAAAUGUUUUUUAAAUACUAAAAAUUAUUUGGCAUCUACGCAACUUUAAAAAUAAAAAUAAACUACUCGAAUUGUAAGAAAUUAAGUUUGGGGUUUUUUACUUUCUGUUUAUAUAUACUUUUUUUAAUUGGUUUAAACUUGUUUUAUUUUUUUAUUAUUUUUUUUAAUUUCUGUUUCAUAUUUUUAAUUUUGUAUGUUUUUUUAUUAUGUUUACAGUUUUUUUAGUUUUUAUAUUAUUUUUAUUUUUUUAAAUUUUCAUUUCAUUAAUUUUUUUUAAUAGUUUUUAUUUUAGGUUUUAAUUAUAUUUUAUACUUUUUAUAAUAAAAACAUAAUUUUUAGUUUUAAGAAUCAUGAAAAGUUUAAAAAUCUGUAUAUGUUAUCAUUAAAAUAAAAAUACAAAAACAUAAAUUAACAAAAAGAAUCCGAAAUUAAGCGUAAAGUUCAAUCUCAAAGUAUUGUGAGUAUUACUCGCGCAUACGAUCAACCGAAAAUUUAUUAACAUACUGAAAAAAUGAUUAAACUUAAAAUAUAAUUAAAAAUUAAAAAAAAAAUCAUCAUGAACCACAUUAAAAAAUAAAAUCGUGUAUUCAGCAUCAAGCGUAGCAUUUUGUAAAUCACAGCAUACAUACAAACAGUAGUAGAGAGAAAAACUACCAUUACUUACAUGCAUACAUACAUACAUACAAGCAGCGUUACAUAUUUAUAUACUUAAACUUAUAACUCAACUUGUAGUUCUAACGAAAAACAAAAACAAAAUAUAUUUACUACCAAUUUGUAAUGGCAAAAUACUUAUAAUAAUAAUAGAAACACUCACACUUUAUUAUAUGCAUAAACAUACAUACAACUUACGCAAGCGUAACAGUAAAAGCAACUCGCAUUCAUACAUACAUACAAACAGCAAAAUAUUGCGAAAAAAAUACGAAUAAAUAUGAGAAGAAAA